CCCAAUGGCGGAGCCGCUGCAGAAGAAGCUCCAGGGGGAGCUGGAGAAAUAUCAGCAGUUACAGAAAGAGCUGGGCCGGGCGGUGGCGGCGCGGCAGAAACUGGAGACGCAGCUGACGGAGAACAACAUCGUGCAGGAGGAGCUGAAUUUGCUGGACGAGUCCACCACCAUUUUUAAGCUUUUGGGCCCCGUUUUGGUCAAGCAGGACCUGGAGGAGGCCAAAAACACCGUGGGGAAACGGCUGGAGUACAUCAGCGGGGAAAUGAAGCGCUACGAGCAGCAGAUGCAGGAGCUGGAGCGGCGCUCGGAGCAGCAGCGCGAGCUCCUGGGGCGCCUCCAGCAGGAGCUCCAGGCCAAGCCCUGACACCCCCAAAAUUUUGGGGACCCCCCUCAAAAAAAAUUUGGGGACCCCCCCCCAAAAUCUUGGACCCCCCCCAGUCCCA